GACGCAUGGGCCAGGCAGAGCGUGGCCUCAAACUUGGUGAAGCUCAAGAGCAGGUCCGACAUCAUCACUGCCAUGUUCAACUGCCUUCAGAACGUUGACACAGGCCGGAUUGGCUGCUCGGAGCUGCGCCGGUACGCGGUGCUGUCUGGCUUUGAGGGUGAUGCCGACGAGUGGGCCGAGGAGUAUGAAGACCUCUGUGCGGACCAGGGCUGGAGCAAGGAUACCGGCAUCAGUCGACUGGAAUUCGCCGGGCUCAUGAAAGAUGAGCAGAUGGGUUCCGACGAGGAGCUGAAAGCCAUUUUGAUGGAGCUUCGCAUGUCCCCGAAGAAGAGGCGAACUUUCGACCAAAUGUCCCAACUCGCUGGCAAGACUGCCUCCCGCAACCGCGUGGAUGUUACGGAGCUGGACAGAUCGGCUCUAGUUGCAGAGGCCUUCCGAUGUUUGGACGUGCGGCGCAAGGAGUUGCUCACCUCCCGGGAGUUUAGGCGCUAUGCGGAGCUCACCGGCUACGACGAAGGUGAGGAGUUCUGGGAAGAGCAGUACGAAGAGCUGUGCCAAGAAUACGGAUGGACGCCAGAGGUAGGAGUGGGACUUCGGGAGUUUGAGGACUUCAUCGGGGAUGAGACGAACUCAUCGGACGAGGAGCUGAGGGACUUGGUGCUGGCGCUGCAGUUCCGGCAGGACGUGGCGGCUAGGCGGCUCCGCAGCGCCGUGAGCAGGAUUAUUUGGAUGCUGCGCUAUGCUGGCAUGUCGAGGCCCAAGGGCAAGCUGAGCCGCCAGGAGAUCGACAACAUGUCGCGCAAGCAGAUGAUAGAUGCCAUCUUCGAGGCCCUGGACCGUAAGCGUCGCCAGCGUCUGGACUCCAAGUACCUCCGCCUCUUCGCCAACGCCACGGGCUUCUGCGGCGACGACGAAGACUGGACCCUGGAGUACCGAUCCAUGUGUGCCGAUGCCGGCUGGGAUGCGGACCGAGGACUAUCUUUGCAAGAGUUCCAUGAGUUUCUCAAGGAUGAAGAGAGUACCAGCAGCGAGGAGCUGCGGAUCAUGCUCUUCAACCUGCCGAGCCGCGAGAGUCUCUUGGUGGCCCCCAAGGCGGCGGAUCACCUGGGCCGCGAGGAUGUGCUCCGGGCGCUGUUCGCCGCUGGGGCGCCGAGCUUCGACUCCCUCGCCAAAUUGCUGCGAAUACCUGAGGUCCAUGGGACAGUGACCUUCGAAGAGUUCAAGGACUUAGUGGGCUCGGAGGCGCAGAAUAGCACGGCCAUCUUGCGGCAUGCCUUGAUGCAGCUGAGGAGGACGAGCCGGCGGGUCUCGGUUCAGUCGCAGGUCCUGCCGGGCCACACCUGGAGCCGGCGAUUGGGUGAUGAGGACCUGGCCAAGAUGAGCCGCCAGGAGUUGAUCGACGCCGGCUUCGCUUUGCUGGACAGCCAACACCGGCAAGAGCUGGAUGCCGGCGCCAUCAGGACCUUUGCGGAGCAGACCGGCUUUGAGGGCAGCAGCGAAGACUGGGAAGAGCAGUUUGCGGCGAUGUGCGGCCACUUUGGGUGGGAGCAGGGGCAGGGCGUGUCCAAGACGCAGUUUGCGGAGCUAGUGGAGGACGAUGAGGACAUGGAUGAUGAUGAGCUCAGGCACGUGGUGUCCCAGCUUUCCCGGCGGCGCGCCUCGCGGGUCAGCGUGUCGGCUCCCUGGCAGCGCAGGAGCCUGCAGCUCACGCAGGUGGACAAGAUGGGCAGAUCUGAGCUGGUCAACAGCCUCUUCACCAUGCUGGACGAGCACAGGAAGUCGCGGUUGGGGUCGUCGGAGCUGCACGCCUUCGCUGAAAGGACCGGCUUCGACGGGGAGGAGGAGGAGUGGACAUCUCAGUUCCAAGCUAUGGCGGAGACCUUUGGCUGGGAAGACGGCCUCGUGUCCAGGAGCCAAUUUGCCGAAUUCUUGGGAGACGAUGAGGAGCACAGCGACGACGAGCUGCGGCGGGUGCUGCUGAGCUUGCAGCUCCAACAGCGGAGAACUAGCAAGCGCGCGUCCGCGACGUCUUGGAGUCGCAGGAGCUUCGUGCAACCGGAUGCGUCGACAAUGACCCGCAGGAGCCUGGUGGACGCCAUUUUUCACUGCCUGGAUCCGGAGAACAACCAGACCCUCGAUGCCGCGGCCAUCAGAACAUACGCAGAGGAGACGGGUUUCGAGGGCAGCGACGAGGAUUGGGCCCAGCAGUUUGAGGCCAUGCGCAGCCACUUCGGCUGGAGCCAGACGGGCAUUUCCUCGCGGCAAUUCCUGGAGUUUGUGGAAGAGGAGGACGACACAGAUGACGAGGAGCUGCGCGAGGUACUGGAGCACCUUCGCGCCCGUCAGCGUCGGAGCCGCCGCAGCUCGUCCGCCGUCUCACGGAGCUCGGUGAAGUCCUGGGGACGGCGAAGCUUUGCGGAUGCUGACAUGAGCCGGCCCUCGCUGAUCGGCGCCAUCUUUCGGAAGCUGGACGCAGGGCAAGGUUUGAACUCCCAUGAGCUCCUGCGCUUCGCGCGCCUCAGCGGCUUCACAGGCGAUGACGAGGAAUGGGCGGAGCAAUUCGAGGCGAUCUGUGAGAGCUACUCCUGGAGCAACUCGGCGGCCAUCUCGCGAUCCGACUUCUUCGACUUCGUGGGAGACGAGGAGGAGAACAGCACGGCAGAGUUACGUGAAGUCUUCAAAAGCUUGCAGCAAGGUGAAGAUGAUCUCCGCGAAUCCCUGGUCAAGCGCAUCUUUGCUGUGCUCGCCGACAGCUCGAAGCUGCGGGGCGAGGGCCUGGAGCGGUUCGCGCGCCUGAGGGCCUUCGACGGAUCCAAGGCGCAGUGGCAGGAGGAGUUCCAGGCCAUGUGCCAGCACUUCAACUGGAAUCCUGCCGCCGGCAUCUCAUUGGUGCAAUUCCAGGACUUCCUGAGCGAUGAGGACGAAAACACCGACGCCGAGCUCCGCGACAUUCUGGCGAAGCUGCAGACCCCCGUCUCCGUUUCCCAGCCGAGAAGUUCUGGCUCCGGAUCCGAAUGGCGUCGCCGCAGCUUUGUGGUGAAGCUACAAGAGGAGGAGUUGCGCUCCCUUGGAAGAGAAGAACUGAUUGAUGCCAUCUUUAGCCAGCUGGACAAGAAGAAGGAGCAGAUUUUGGGGGAAUCGGAGUUGGAGACCUACGCGCGGCUCACGGGCUUCAGCGGAAGUGAGGAGGACUGGCGCCAGCAGUACGCCGAGAUGUGCUCCCACUACGGCUGGGACGACUCGGGAACCUCCCGGGAGCAAUUCUACGAACUCGUGGGCGACCCGGAUGAGACCAGCCAGGAGGAGUUGACAACGAUGCUGCUGGAGCUGAGGACAUGAAGCCACAGCUUGGCGACUCAAGCGGUGGGUCGAGUGAGACUUGUGCGCAGGUGUCCGUUGAGCUGCUCAAGAUUCAACCGCCA